AUGGCCGAGAAUGUCGUUGGUCUGACCGUCCAGAAAAUCGUCGAACCCGAUGCUCCUCAAGGCUUCAGCUCGGAUAAGACGCAGCAUGCCGGAAUCGUUGCUACCGAGUCUGCGAGUCAAGGUUCUGACGAUGGAAACGUCGAGUCGCAACUGAAUUCAGCAACCGAGACUGGUCGGAUCGUUGACGAUGCGUAUCCGGCGCCCACCGAAGAAGAGCGCACAACGCUCCGUAAAGUCCACGACUCAAUCCCUCUGAUAUCUUGGUCACUCUGCAUUGUGGAAAUGGCCGAGCGAGCAUCCUACUAUGGUGUCAAGGCCGCGUUCAACAACUACAUGCAAUUCCCAUUGCCCGAGGGCGGUCCUGGUACUGGUGCUAUCAAUCCCAACAAACCGAAUUCCCACGCCGGUGCAUUGAACCUUGGUCUUCAGACUGCUUCGGCCUUGGGACUCAUGUUUACAUUCCUCGCCUAUGUUAUCCCCAUCUUCGGCGCUUGGAUCGCAGAUGUCAAGAUUGGCCGUUACAAAGCCAUAGUUUGGGGUGUCAUUAUUGGGGGUGUUGCACAUGUCAUUAUGAUUGGAGGCGCUGCCCCCGGUCUUCUGCAAGCGGGACGAGGAGUUGCAGUCUUUCUCAUCAGCUUCGCUCUCCUAGCCAUUGGAGCCGGAAUUUUCAAACCAAACGUCGCGCCGACAGUCAUCGAUCAAUACAAAUACCAGCGAGAGUACACGAAGGUACUGAAGUCAGGAGAGAAGGUGCUUGUCGACCCAGAGACGACUAUCAACCAUAUCAUGCUCAUCUUCUACGCCUUUGUCAACGUCGGUGCCUUUUUUUCGAUCGCUGUGGUUUACAUCGAAAAGUACCACAGCUUCUGGUUGGCUUACCUGGUGCCAGGGGUUGUCUACUUCCUUCUGCCAAUAAUGCUAGCUUUCACGUAUAAGCGCACCAUCCGAACGCCGCCUCAAGGUUCCGAUUUGACUCGAUUUAUCAAGAUCACUGUCAGUGCUUUGAAGGCGAGCAAGGGGAAUAUUUUCUCGCAGAAUUUGUGGCACAAUGUGAGACCGUCUACAUUGGCCGAAGGUGACGUCCUUGCCGAUUACUCGGAGAAAAACGUUGAUGACGUACGACGCACCUGGCAAGCCGUCCAGAUCUUCCUUUACAUUCCUGUGUGGAAUCUGAAUGAUGGAGGUGUCGGAAGCGUCCAGAGCAACCAGGGUGCGGCUAUGACUUCUAAUGGUGCCCCCAAUGACUUACUAAGUCACUUCAACCCAUUGGUCAUCAUUUUCUUCGCUCCGUUCAUGGCUCAUAUUGUUUACCCUUUCUUGAAGCGAAGAAACAUCAAGUUUGGUCGCAUUAGCCGAAUGACUUUCGGUUUCAUGCUUGCCACCAUAUCAUCCGUAAUUGGUGCCAUCGUUCAAUACCGUGUUUACGAGACAAGCCCAUGUGGCUAUGAAGCCAGCACUUGCGACGACGUGUCGCCUCUCUCCAUUUGGUGGCAAAUACCUAAUGUGGCACUCGGCGCGAUGUCUGAGAUUUUUGUUAACGUGACCGCAUACGAGCUUGCUUACGCACGCGCUCCUGAACAUAUGAGGAGUACCGUCGUAGCACUCUUCUUGUUCAUGACAGCUUUGAGCAGCGCUCUGGGCGAGAUUUUGAUUCCAGCUAUCGACGAUCCUACUCUAGUUUGGGCCUGGGCUGCCCCAGCUAUUGCUCUGUUCGUUCAAACCAUCAUCUUUUGGUGGAGACAUCGCAACAUCAAUGAUGAUGUUUUCAUGACGCAUGCAGAGGAUUUCGAGCAGGACGUAGCUCACGAGAAGAAGCUAGGGAAUGAGAAUGACAAGUAA